CUUGAGCUUCUUCACCAGCGCUUCUAGAUUCAAGGGCUUCUUCUCAGAUCUUUCAUCAGGGUUUCCUUUUAACGGCAACUCUCUGCAGCCUCUACUUCCCAAGCCCAAUGACGAAAUCUUCACUGUUUCAUCGAAUCUCGCACCCCAAUGUUAUUCUCAUUUGUAAUUCCUCAUAUUUCAUUUUCUUGUAGCGUUGAUCUCAACUAGGAUUCUAGUUGUGUGGUUUCUGUAGAUGCGUAAACUUGUUGGAGCUGGAGAGACUCAAGAUGGAUCUACUGCGUAUGUGUUCGUGAUCCGUAAAAGUAAAACCCAUGUGUUUUCUUGGCCGUUUGUAGCGGCGUCUAUUACCCGGUCUACCGCCGACUUUGCUGCGCCAAUGAAGCGGUCCGUUCGUCCUCUGUUCAGCAUUCUGUUGCUCAUAGCAUUUGCGGUUAUCUUGACUUGUCGGGUCGCAAUCCGACGUCGGUUUACGCAGAUUGAGCUCGAAAGCAAGGUAUUGUUAGAGACUGCAACUCCGACGGUGUUCAACUCUACCUUACUGAAAAUGGCGGCCAUUGAUGUGGGGGAGGCGAAGUCGAAGCAAGAGAUAGAGCAGUUACUGGAAGGGAACUUGGCUAGCCGAGGGAGAUACAGGACGUUCGCCUCGUGGAGGAAGUUCAAUAACCACGAUAGUAGAUCAAGCUCGUCGAGGGGAAUCCAGGUAAUGCUUAGGUCCCCGGAAUUCUACCGGCAAUGGCUUGAAUUUAGGAGGGUAUUACGUGAUUGGGCGCGAAACAAGAGGUAUCAAGCCGAGAUAAUGAUGGAACUGGUGAGACAAGUAAAACAUCCCAUUGACAGGCACAAUGGGUUAGUGGGUUCGGAUUCCAAGUAUGCCUCCUGUGCGGUGGUGGGGAAUAGUGGGAUCUUGUUGAACAAGGAAUAUGGGAGUUUGAUUGAUAGCCAUGAAGUGGUGAUUCGAUUGAACAAUGCGAGAACUGAGAGAUUCGAGAGGAAUGUGGGAGCUAAAACCAGCAUUUCCUUUGUAAAUAGCAACAUAUUGCAUCUCUGUGCGAGGAGGGAAGGGUGCUUCUGCCACCCGUAUGGAGGGAAUGUGCCCAUAGUAAUGUACAUUUGUCAACCUGUGCACCUCUUGGACUAUACAGUGUGCAAUUCAUCCCACAAGGCACCUCUGCUCAUUACUGAUGCAAGAUUAGACGUGUUGUGUUCACGAAUUGUCAAGUAUUACUCCUUGAAACGGUUAGUGGAGGAAGUAGGGGAGCCGCUGGAGAAAUGGGGCUCUGCCCAUGAUGGUGCUAUGUUUCAUUACUCCUCUGGAAUGCAGGCUGUGAUGCUAGCUUUGGGAGUUUGUGAGAAAGUUAGCAUAUUUGGCUUUGGGAAAUUGGCUUCGACAAAGCACCAUUAUCAUACUAAUCAAAAGGCUGAGCUUCGAUUACAUGAUUAUGAGGCAGAAUAUGCCUUCUAUCAUGAUUUGGUGAAGAAUCCGCUGGCAGUACCCUUUAUUUCAGACAAGUUCAAGAUUCCGCCUGUGGUAAUUUAUCGGUGAUUUUGACUGACUUAAGAUGUUCUGUUUUUUGUGGAAUUACUUGAUUUGUUUGUCUUGGGAAGUUGCUUCAUUGUUGCAAUUAAUGUAGUCAGUAAACACACACGUUACGAAAAAAUAAGAAAAUCAAUGUUAUGGCCGUCCAACAAAGUUGCGGUGAUACUAUUUGUAAGAUUGGAUUCUAGGAAUGCAAUCCCACGGUUUAUUUUCU